AUGACGACUUACCAGGAGCAAAGUGUUGAAAAUGCAAACGACGUGGACCAGCGGUCCGUAGAGACCCUGGCCGAGGCCCUUGGGGUCGACAAGGACCAGAAAACAGAGAGCUUUGCAACUCUGGAAAGCGCUUCUUCGCAGGAGCAUUUUGUCGACACAAUCGACGCCAUGGAUGACAAAGAGUCGCCGUUGGGCGACCAGGAUGCCAAGAACGUCGAUUCGGAGCGAAUAGACAACUGCAUGGAGUCCUUGCACGAGGGAGGAAAACUCGAGCAGCAACCACGAGACGCCAAGGAGAAUGAAUCUGCACCCAGCACUGAGACCAGUCGGCACCACAGAGGAGUGACUACCCCUCCCGCCGAUUCCACAGGACAAGAAGAUUUGCCAAAGGACGACCUCUUUUUCCCGUUUAUCUCACCCCCGGGAGAAUCUACUUUUUACUAUGCACUAACAGUGGCCACAAGUGGAGAUUUAAACAAGGAGUCUUCCGUGGAAGAAAAGACAUGCGCUUUGUCGAGGGAUAAUUCCUUCUCUUUGCAAGGCCAUUCUUUUGAUUCUUCACAACCAUUUGUUAUGCAUUCAAACAAGGAGAAUAUGGAGCACAAGGAAAGAGAAGAUGCUUCCAGCAGCUUGGAGACCCAAAGGACCUAUUCCGAACAUGCGGAAAGCACUAGGACUACAUCACAGCCAUUAAAAACUCCAUUAAUCCAAGGGGUUACUCCAUCCAUUCAAUUUGUUCAGGCAAUUCCGCCAGGAUUGCAAACCCUAAAGGUCAUACCGACACUACAACAUCCCUUGGCACAAAAAUUUGCGUGCAAAAUAGACGACACUCAUGCAGUGAAUACACCUUGCAGUGUUACUCCACUACAGGCUGGUCAUGCCCUGCUUUCCACACAGCCCGGUGGCCGUGCAGUACUUCCAGUACCGCAGUACCUAGUACCAGGCUCACAUUCCAUUAUGGCAUCAGCCACGGUACACAAUAGACAGGUUCUGUCUGGACUAGUGCCAAUUUUGCCGGCCAGGCUUCCAGAGAAGCAGCCAGAAACAGAUAAAAAGUCAUCAAGCACAAAGGAAUCAGAUGCUUUACUAGACUUGGAUGGAGCACCUGUCAGGAGAGCGACUGAGAAACUCACACCAGUGGAAUCAUUCAAUAAUGUCUUUAUAUUCGCCAAAAAGGUUAUUAUUCGCACAUCAUUGUUGAUGCAAUAUCUAUUCUGUACGAUCGCCGUGUUUUACUGUACGAUUGCAAUCACUACUCCGGAAUGGUUUCGUAACACUGUAGAAUACUCUAUUGAUGGUAUAAAGGGUCAUAGCCAUACCUAUGUCGGUUUAUUUGGUUUAACACGUAGCGAUGCAGCAAAGCUGAAGGACGGAACAACUGUCACUCUUCAGAGAGGUCCAAUAAAAUUUCAGGAACUCUACAAGACAAACACAUUUGAAGAAAGUGAGUUUGUGGAACAAUCUGGCUGUUUUAGGAGUAUAUAUUCAGUUGGAAAUUUAGGAGAAGAAAAGACUGAGCAGUUUACAGAAUUGUACGGGAAUAUAGUUUAUGAUGUUGUCGCACAAGAGACCAAAAAUUUAGAAUAUGCUGGAGAGCUCUUGUUUUACCUGGCACUCAUCUCAGUAGCAGUACUUGGCGCUGCAAUUUUGCUUAGUUUUGAAAGGGGACUGUCUGAAGUGGUGCGACCUCCAUGGCGCAUUUUAAUGAGGAAUUUAGCCAUUUUCCUGUGGAUCGGAUCAGUUGCCGUUGCAAUUGUUGGAUUUACACUGUGGGCCUACUGGAGUGGCGGCUCCAUUUUUGUGAGCGAAGAUGGUAAAAUGGUACCCGGAAAACUAUUUUAUUCAGCCUACUUUUUCAUAACUUACAUGGCAGCAAGCGGAUUAGGACUGGUAUUUUACAUUGUAAAUUGCGUUGCACUACCAACAAAGAGGCUGCCAAGAUUUGAACGCACAAGUGCCGCUAGCACUUCAAUUGAUAUUGGGGUUUAAUGAAUGGACGGCCAUAGACUUUAGCUGGAGUAUCCUACGGAGUAGGUGCGACUGGCAGAUCCCAAAGAAUGAUGGAUGGCGAACGCAGUGAAUUAUCCGACUAAAGGAGGAUGAGCGUCUUACGGUCGCUCAAAUUAUACUCACUACUC